AUGGAACGCUAUGUGCUUUGGGACGAUGAUCGAAUCGCCAUAAAGAAGUCUACUAAGCAAGCUGAACAACCACCCAAGGAGGCAGGUCAGAAAGGUGAUAAGCCCAACAGUAGGAACUAUGAAGGAAAGUGCAAAGCACCAUCCCAAAGUGACGCACCAGCAGAUGAAAGUUAUACGAAGUUCACUAUCCCUAUACAUCAAAUCUUGGCCUAA